AUGGAGAAGUUCUUCGAGGGCGAGAAGCAGGACAACUACGACAGUCGCCAGGACAAGAAAGGACAACACGUAACACGGUUGAUCGAGGAAUUGAACCAGCGUCUGGACAUGCAGCAGGAAUGGUACAUCCAGCACCGGCGCCACCUGCAUUUCUUCCACAGCGAACGCAAUGCAAACGUCCAAAAGGACGAGCAGCGCAUUCAAACAGAUAACGAAGAUUUCCAGGCCAUGAAACAUGAGUACAGGGUGCUGAAGGUGGAGAUGGCCGCAAGGGGUCUCGACAGCACGGAGAAGAAAAAGACAAUAGACAAAAGACAACCUGAAAAGCAGCAUGCAGACAUGGCCUGGAAGCUACAGAAUGAGCGCGCGGAGAAGCCUGAGAAACAACGAGGACUACUCAGAGAGGAACACGAGCACCACGAGGAGAAGCUGCAGGAGGAGGCGAUUAUCCACUUCGGGGAGACGCAGUCCAAGAUGACGAGGGAGCACGAACUAAUUGAGAAGUGCGACCUCGGUAACACCAGCAGCUUGAAGACAAGGGUACAAGCACCGCCCGCACCGACACUAUACCAGAACGUCCACGGAGACGACCUGCACCCCGCAGCGCGGUACGCCCUCGACCCGGCCCCCAUCGGCGACGACCGCCGCAGGACGAAGGAUUUCUACACGGAUUUGUCCUACAAUAUCAAGAAGAAAGCGAAUCUGGACAACAACUUCAUCUUCGGGAACACGGAGCGCGACGCCAAGCUCAAGUACAUGAUUGCCCCGACGGAGACUACGAACAUCUCAGCGGAGGUCAAGAUCAACGUCAUGACCUGCAAUGUCGAGAGCGCUAGGGGGGCGGAGCCGCCAGUCAAGAAACAUAUGACUAAAGCACGGAGGCAGACCAACCACGAGAGGAUCAUACACCAGUGCUUGCACAAGUGGCUCGCCAAAUAUCGACCAGGAAGCGCACCGUCCAAAUACAUCGACCAGCACAAUACUGGACCCCUGCGACUCGCCAUCGAAGCACAGCGGGCGAACAUCAACGAGGCCAACGACGAGUUCAUCAAGCAGCAAGCCAUACGAACCGUCCUCAUCAUGACCAUGAUCGACCUCCACAAGGUAGCCACGAACCUGGUAUACGACAUGCAGAUGAGCACCGACGACAUCGACAACCUGAUCGACCAUAUGGAUACCCCUCAAUGCAUGCAGCCGGCCAUACAGACCCUCAUGAUCAACAGCGGCAUCGUCAGUACCCACAUUGACAACAAGCAUAUGCUCUCGAUGCUGACCGAAGCCCACCGCAACGCGUGGUUCUCCACCGAGCGCGAUUCAGGAAACGCAGCACCAAGGCUAGGAACCCGACCAGGAGUACCUUCAGCCGACUGCACGUUCAACGCGUCGAUGUCUGCAGUCACGAAAGACGAUCACGAGGAGGCGAUCAAAGUCAAUCAAGAAGAAGCAGCCAACACCGCUUGGAGAAGACGCAUCAAAGGCAUGCGCGACGGCACCACCAUCCCGAAGCCCGACAUCGCAGACCCACAACAUGAUCGCAGGUACCUAUGCUACGAACGCUGGCAGAUCCUGAACGGCAAGGCAGCGUACCAAGAGCACAUGCAUGCUAAGCACAAACAGCAGGAACACAUAAUCAACUACACCCACGGGACUAUAUGCCAGUUCUGUGUGACGGAGUACUGGGCGGGCGGGGGGCAGGGUCAGUCCAAAGAAGGAAAUAACAACAGCGAGAGCGGAGCAGCAGGCCACCUCGGCCUGGGCCCUCGCCCAUGCGACGGGCGCGUGAAGGACCCCUACGGCAACGCCACGCACAUGCCCAACAAAGACACCGGCCCCACGCAGUACAGGGACUGGCGCGGCGAGAACUGCUUCGCCGCAGCCGACUGGUGGGAGUACGCGGCCGAGGACCAGGCGGAGCUGCUGCAGGCCUGCGGGGCGAGCUGCGGCGUCUGCCGCCUGGCGGAGUGGGGCCGGCAGUCGGCCACCAGCUUCGCCGCGGCGGUGUGCCGCUCCAGGCUGACGAACGAUUCCAACUGCUGCCUGGACACGAGGGCCACGCGCAAGGUCAUACGCCACGAGCUGCGCCGGCCCGGCACGCACUGGGACUGCGACAACAGCCUGACCGGCAAUUGCUACGACUCGGAGCGCGGGGCGCGCGGGGCGGACCUGCUCUGGGUGCCCGAGGGCGCCGGCUGCGGCUCGCCGAGGAUGCUGUACGUGCACGGCGGCUCGUUCCAGUUUUCUUCCCCGCGCACCGACGGCUACGAGGUAUUUGCUCCAAAGCUGGCUCGCGCUGGCAGCGUGGUGACUCUCGCGCUGGACUACCCGCUGUCGCCUGCGGCAGCCCACAGGCAGAUGCUGAACGCGACCCUGGAGGCCUUGGGUUACCUCGUAACGAACGGCCCGCCGGGGUGCACGAACGAGCCGAGCCAGAGCCCCCCCGUGUUCAUCGCAGGCGAUUCCUCUGGCGGCACGCUGGCAUACUCGGCCCUGCUAGCGAUCAGCGCGGGGCGGUGGUCGCUCCCGGGCAACGCCAGGGUCGCCGGGGCGCUGCUCUUCUCGCCGUGGACGAACAUGCGGUGCGACACGCCGAGCUACCUGCACAACGCGCACGCCUCCGUCAAGCUCCCAGACGGCGGGGAAUGGCACAACGGGGACGUGGCUUACAGGGACCUCCCGGCCAAGAGCGUGGCAGACUCCCUCGAGAACGCCAUCGAGUACCUGGGCGACAGGGCACUCUUGGACGACCCCGUCGCGUCGCCGAUCCUGGCAGACCGCGAAAUGCUCCAGGACAUGCCUCCGCUGCUGUUCACGGUGGCGUCCAACGAGCUGAUCAUGGGCGACGCCGUGAUCUCGGCGCAGAAUGCGGCCGCCGCCGGAGCGCCCGUGAUCCUCGACAUCUCGGAGGAGGGCACGUGUUCCCCAUGUACUCAGAGGGCUGCGGGUCCGGCAAGCCGCUGUGGCCCGCGCAGCGAGCGCUGCGCCGCGCCGGCCGCUUUCUCCGGGAGGUGGCGGCCACGGGCAGGCCGCCGUGCUGCGCCGCGGCGGCGGGCGUGUGCGGGCUCGGCGUGCCCCUCACGCAGAUCCACGCCGGCCGGCCGGGCCAGGGCCUCCCAGAGUUUGCCACGGGGACGGCUUCCCCUGCAUCGCCUCCAGGGCGCCUCCAGGGCCGCAUCCGCCCGGCCCCGAGCACGCGGGCGGGGGCGCGGGCGGCGUGGGCUGGCCGCAGAGGGUCGUGCUGCUCUCCGCCGCCGCCGCGCUCCUGGUCGCCGGCCUGCUGCGGGUGGGCCGAGCGCCGAGGCACGCCGCGCUCGUGUGCCUGGGGGCUGGCAUCCUGCCGCAGAAGGUGACGAGCCUUCUGGCAAUUCGCGUCGGGCUGUGAGCCCCGCGGCGCGGUGAUUGCCCGCGCCCGUGAGCACGCUGCAUGCUCGGUCGCUUCUUGGGGCCCCUGGGGAGUUUCCGCAUGGAGGGGGUCCAGCGCAGACCCAAGAAAUCCGCGCGGAGCACCAACAGUUUAUGUUGAUGGCGUUUUCUCUUCUUCUACAGAAGUAUGCGCAGAUUUUCGGCGGCUGCGCUUGCAGACGGAAUUGUAGUCGACUUGCAGAGUCCCUUUGGCUGCCCGUGCCGAAGGCUUUCGUCCCCGGAGGGGUCAGGCCGGCGCUCGUGCCGCGGUCGCCCGAUGCCGCAAGCGGGCGCCGCAGAGCGUGGCGAGGCCCUCUGCGGUCCUCGGGCAGCGCAGACAAAAAGCGGA